AUAUGAGAGACGCGUCCUGAGGGUGGACAGGCACAUUACAGAGGAAAAGCUGUUGAUUUCGAGGAAUUUAUUGAUGAUCUUAAUUGAUUCUUAAGGUCUCUAUCUCCCCUUUAUCUUUUGUUUCUUAUCAUUACUGAUUUUUUUAACCGCCACCCUGAAGUUCAUCGUUGUCAUUCUGGCCGCCGGGAUGGUGGCGUUUAUCGGAGCGGUUAUAUGCAUCAUCGCCGCGGUUCACAGCGGAUCUCCACCGGCAUCCGCGGCCGCAGCGCAGCCCCUGGCUGACAACCAUUCACUCUCACCGGGCACAACCGGGAAGGCGUUUUCUACCGGGUCCGUCGCCCGAGCAGGACCGCUGGACGCUCUUCACGGUACUGAUGCGACCAGUAGGGAACGAGGAGGACCGGAGGCGCCAACCUUCUACGGUUUAACGGGACUAGGGACCGGAGGCAGCGCGCAGCAGGUCACUUACAGCAGACUCAUCUGCACCCCUGUCCCCGCCGGUGAGUGCAACCCGAAAAACUUGCAGCAACAAGCGGACGACCAGUCGUUAUACGCGGGAGAGGACUGGGGGUCCCUCCGCACCACCGCCGAGGAGCUCCGGCAGACCGUCCUACAGCAGAAGGAUGAGAUCCUCACGGAUCAGAGAACCAUACGGGCCCUAACGGGACAGCUUUCGGAAUGCGAGAGUGGCUUGAAGGGACGGAAGGUCCCGGAACGGAGCGCGGGACUUGGGGAUGCGCGAAAAGAGAAUAAGGAGCAAGUCAUGAUGCGGGACGACGCGGGGUCCUCGAUGCGGACCACUCAUGUGAUGGAGGAGCUGGUGCAUGCCAUAACUCAGAUGAAAGACCGCAUUGAGAAACUAGAGUCUGAAAUGGCACCACCAGCGUUCAAUCACACAGACACAAGCUCACAGAAAGCAGCAGGUGCUACUCGUAUGCCAAUGGCAGCUGCGCAGAGAAGAGUGGAGGAUCUGGAAGGAGAACUGAAGAGAAAGAUAAAACUGCUGGAGGAGGAGAGGAAAGCACUGCGGAAAGAGACACAGAAACAUCAAGAGCAUAUUGAGUACGGGCUGGACACUGUACACCAGCGGAUAAGCAGCCUGGAGAAAGGUCUCUCUGAGAACAAGUUUCCAGAGGGUUACAGGCUCUCAUUCCCUGUACGCAGCUCUUCCAUGUAUGCCAUCGUAAAGCAGGAAAUCCCAGCCCUCCCCGCUCUGACUGCCUGCAUGUGGAUCAAGCCUGCGAAAAGCAUCUUGGGAACAGCAGUUUCUUAUGCUGUUUCUGACCAGAGCCACGAAUUUGUGCUUCAGCAGUUGGUUCAUGGGCCCAUUGAGCUCAUCAUUAAUAAUGAGGUGGCGCCGUUAUCUCUGAACUUAACAAUGGGCAGAUGGCAGCAUAUGUGUGUGAGUUGGAACCGGAGAGCUGGAUCAUGGCAUGCCUACUUAGGGGGCAAACUAAAGAUUGAAGGAAGUGACCUGGCAACCCGUCACAGCAUCCGACCGGGAGGAACUCUCAUACUUGGCCAAGAACAGAGCUCAAUGGGUGGUCUUCGUUUCGAAGCGUCGCGGUCUAUGGUGGGAGAGCUGUCUGAUUUUAACAUUUGGGACCGGCCGCUUUCACACACAGAGCUCUCUGCUCUUGCCCACUGCAGCACGGGGAUGCUGGGUAAUGUAGUCCCGUGGACCAGCCGUGAGGUGGAGGUUUUCAGAGGUGUCACCAAGCAACUGGCUGAUCAUUGCGAGCAUCGCACCGGCGCCAGGCAGUGAUGGGCUCUUGAGGGCUCGUUUAAGGGUCAGAGAGUCAAAGACGGUGUUUAGAGAUGGCAAAGAAACACCAUGCCAUGGUUAUGGUCUUUUCUUUAAGGCAAAGUUUUUUGUUAGCGGUGUUUGCUAAAACAUGCCUUGCCUAACUAUCAUUACUGUUCAGGGUUAGUGAUUUGAACAAACCCCUAACCCUAAGUAUUAAACAACAGCGCAUAAGUCGUCCCACACUGUUUUAUGCUACGAACAAGAAUGAUACCUCAAAUAAUGCAGCUUGUUGAGGAGAAGUGUGCUCUUAUUUUUCUAAGCAAUCAAACCUGUGAUUUUAACUUGGCAGAUGAUAAAAUGGGUGCAAAUAUUCUAGAUUUAAAGGGAUAGUUCAGCCAAAAGUGAAAAUUCUGUCA